GAAUUGAAGAGAGUGUCGGAAAGGGGCAGAGGAAGGAGACCUUGAGUUAUCAGUUUGUGAGUGUUGUUGUAAUGGCUUUAUCAAUGGAGUUUGGAUUUUCAAUUGGGUCUUGCUUCAAGGCACCAAACCCUCCUGUUCUAAUCUCUGCAAGCCCUAAGAAGAUCAAUUUCACGUUGACAAGGAGAAGUAAAAGUUUCUUAUUUAGAGUCUCUGCUGUGUCGUAUAAGGAAUUCGCAGAGUCUGCUUUGGAAGAAACCAAGAAAAGAAUCGUUCUUGAACCUUCACAUCUCCAGGAAAAGUAUAGUAGCAUGACAGGACUGGAUGGGGAGACCGAACUUCAAAUGCUUGCUUUUAAAUCUUCAAAGAUUAGACUCUUGAGGAGCAUGGUCAUAGAGAAUGAGACAAUGCAGGUCUUUGACUUUGCAGGUUUCAUGGAGCCUGAGUAUGAUACUCCCAUAUUCUGUGCUAACUUUUUCACAUCUGCCAACGUGAACAUAGUUGUAUUGGACCUUAAUCCUUUGCAUCAGUUGACUGACCAGACGGAUUACCAAGAGAAGUAUUAUAACAAGAUAAUGUCCAUAUAUCACAAAUAUGCUGAGACUUUUCCUUGGGGAGGGAAAUUGACUGGUGAAUCCAUAAAGUUUUUUUCGCCUUUGGUGAUGUGGACCAGGUUUUCGUCUAGCCAAGAAAAACAUAAGGCUUUGUUCUCUGCAUUUCUCGAGUACUAUCAGGCAUGGCUUGAGAUGACAAAUCAAGUUAGGGAGGAGAUGGAACCAUCUCAGGUGAGAGCCAAUUGUGAAGCACAACACAAAUACCUGACAUGGCGAGCACAAAAGGAUCCUGGACAUGGUCUUCUUAAAAGAUUAGUUGGUGAAGCAAAGGCAAAGGAGCUGCUAAGGGAUUUCCUGUUCAAUGGGGUUGAUGAGUUAAGCACAAAAACGUUCAUUGAUUACUUUCCAGAGUACCAAACAGAAGAUGGAACUGGCGCUCUUGUCAACUUAUCCAUGGACGAAAUCGCCAACAAGGGGCUUGAAGUGAAGCGUAGUCGAAAAAUCCGUGACAGUGACAUUGAGAGGAUUAGCGUUACGGGAUAUGACAUUGAGCUUCCUCGUGAACAUGUCGAGAGCACAGCAGACAAGGCCUUGCAACUCAAUGGAAGUGACAUGGGAGGAUGGACUGUCCAUGCUGAGGCCUAUCCCUUUCUUUCGAAAAAUGACAAUUGCGUUGAGUUAGAGGUUCAAGGAUACGACACUUCGCUUAGUGAGUCUGAUAUCAAAUGCGAGUUGAGUAAACUUUUCUCUUCAUGUGGGAAGGUUGGUCAUGUCAUAAUUUGCGAUAGCUUCUCUAUAGUGUAUCUAGUGGGAGAAGACGCAAUAGACAAGGCCCCAAAACUUAGUGGGACCGACAUGGGAGGGGGGCGCAAAGCACUUGUUCGGUUUGUUGCUUACCAUGGAAGAAACAUUUUCCACCCCCGCCGCCACAAAUGGCGCAUCAUUUCUGGCCGCCCAGAUGUAAAGCCAAAGAUGGCUGCCAAAAUGAAGAUAAUUAAGAAGCCAAAGAGGACUGCAAAAAAGAAGAUAAUUAAGAAGCCAAAGAUGACUCUGGACUAGAAGUUAGCUCGAAGACCAACCUCUUUGGUGUUUUAUUUACUUGUUAUGCUUUUUGUCUAGAUGUUUUAAGAAAUUAAGCUCGCUAAU